GGGUUAAGAGGCCUGCGUUGGAGGCCUAAUGGGCAUAUCCGGAAGCAAACAGACGUUUUAUCCUACCGGUUCCUUAAUCUUGACCGUCCAUUUACGAUGAUGCACGACGACGCGAGGAGGCCCGAAUCGUCACGCAUGCUGGAACGGUUCAGAUGUGCUCGAGUUCUGAUAAACCAAUGGCUGGGAUUCAAGGGAAGCGUUCAUGUGCUAUCUCUUCUCACAAUAAUAUAAGGCUAGUCGUCAACACAAGCGAGCGGGCGAGAGAGGGAGGGAGUGUGGAUUUCUCUGUUCCCUCGUCCUUCGUUGAUUCGAGAAAUGGAGCUCCUUCCUCUCGCAGCGGCCGCAGUAGACGCGAAAUCGACCAGGGACUGACAACCGCCGGCGGGAUUCUAAGCGGCGCCAGCUCGAGCAGGUGAAUCCAGGGGGGAGAUUCACUUUUUUACCUUCUAAUCCGAAGCUCGGGAAGAAUCUUUGAGGUGAAAUCCAGAGAAGGGAGGAGUAGGAGCUCGCUCGUUGUCACUUCCUCCUUUUCCCUUUCACUCCAUGGAUUCGUUCCCAGCCGUAUUCCCCCUCAUCGAUCUCAGAAAAGGUGAUGUUCACACUUUGAGUCGUUCCUUUCGUAUGUUGGAAGAUCACAACAAUCAUAGACAGCUAAGGAGGUUAUCUGUUGGAAUAUGACAAGGGUGCAAGUAAAUUGAAAUAUACGAAGAGCAAUCCUACCUGAAACCUUGGAUUCUACAUGCCACUGCUGAUAUAUAUGUCUAGAUCUCCGCAUCUUAACAGAUUGGGAUAACUUCUUCCUGGAACUUCUUUUUUGUAAGACAAAGAUGAACAUAUCCAACAUAGUUUCAGACAGCAAAGACGUAAAGUUCAGUUCACUGAAUAAGGCUACUGCAUUAAAUCCCAAUGCAGCAGAAUUUGUUCCUUCAUGUGUUAAAUAUACUUAUGGAACCACUGAAGCCUUAAUUACUCCAAAGCUUGAUCUACCAGGAUCUUCUAGAAAAUCAGUCUUAGAUCGAUCAGAGUCCAACAUUUCAAAUAAUUCAGAUGAUCAGGUACACCAGUAUUGGCCUCAUCGGCUUCCAGAUGACAUCACACCUGACUUUGAAGUCAUGGGAGAAGAUGAGCUGCAUAAACCUGGACACCUUACACUAGCAGGUUUGUCAAUUCAUGAUAGUGUUGGACAAUCAAAAUUUUCAGGGUCAAUGACCACUAGUGGUGUAUUGGAUAUGUGGGAUCUAUCUUCUCCGACUCUUGAUAAUAUUAACUUGAGUGGAAAGAUGAGAUAUCCUGGAUCCAUCUAUGCUAAAGAACAACCAUCAGUUGCUUCAAUGACUUCAGCUGAUAAUUUAUGGAGUAAUCCUCUCAUAAAUGGUGAACAGCAGGAGGAGCAUCGUUAUAAUGGGAAUCAUAAUACCAGUUCAAUGGGUGAUUUGAUAGGUGAUAAUGUGUUUUUGGCGAAUUAUGCCACUGAUCCCAUAGAGUUCUUGUCAUCACAGUUCCCUGGUUUUGGUUCUCAGAGUCUUGCAGAUGUUUAUUAUGGGAAUGGAUGUGAUUUGAACUUAACCAUUGGGAUUCUAGCUCAGGUUGAGGAUGAAGAGCAAAAAAAGAAAGUCUCUGAUGAUUCAGGAUUUGAUAAAUGUGUUGCUGUUGUUAAAGAGAGCUUGACUGCAAGGACAUACUUUGCUCUGCCACUUAUUGGCACAAAUCUGAGAUAUCAAAACAGAAUUAGUAUUAUAAAGCUUCAAGUUGACAGUGGUUUUGGCCCAAACCUUGACUCAAAGUCCUCGGCUACCCCAAACUUUAGCCCACUGGACUUUCCUACCCUUCCAGUAGGAAACACUCAGAAUGGUUUGCCAAAGCCUGAUGGAGAAGAUCUCCAACAUGGCUCCAUUACAUAUAGAUCUCCUGGUAUAUUAAGAGGUGACAUUGAUUUUGCUCCAACUGUUAGAAAACUAGCAUUGCAGGAUCCUGGUCAUUGGAAGUAUAAUGGAAAUGGUACCUUUGAUGGUAGCACUGGUUCAAGUAGAAGUUCCAGAUUGUCAGGUAGCUCGUAUAAUGGUAGUGGCAGAGUUCGUUAUGGAGACGAAUGGAGUGGUUCAAGUGCAGCUCGGGCAUCUCCUGUUUGGCUUGAGACUGGGGAAGCAAUGGCAAAUAUUUAUACAGAAUGGGGGGAAGAAGCUCGUGAUUUUACACGUCUUCGAAAUGCAUGCUUUGAACAGGCAAGACAAGCCUAUCUAAUUGGAAACAAGGCUCUAGAAAAGGAAUCGAGUUUCAAGGGUCAGUUGUACAACAUGCAUAUGAAAGCAGCUCAUCAAAAAGCCAGAGAAACAAUUUUCCAGAAACGGAACCCAGUGUCUCCUAAGAUACAGGGACGCAGCGGGGUACAAGAUCCGUUGAUAGAUCUGCAUGGUCUUCAUGUGCGUGAAGCUAUACAAGUUGUAGAUCGUGAAUUGAGCACCCUGAGGAGCACAGCUACGGCUACGGCUACCGGGCAGCGACUGCAUGCUAUGAUAUGUGUUGCAACUGGACACCACACCAAGGGCUCCCGCAUCCCCGCCAGGCUCACUGUCGCAGUCGAACAGUACCUGCUCGGUGAAGGCCUUCACUUCACCCAGCCUCAGCCUGGCCUACUCUGCGUCGCUAUAAGUUGAUGGCUUUUAUGCUAUACCUCAGGAAAGAAAAAAAGAAAAAAAAAACAGAAAAGGAAGGGGGAAAAAAGAAAAGAAAACAGAAGUAGAAAACACAGUCCAAUUUUUGUUCUGUAUAUUUCUGAAGUGUGAAGAUGGAAAUAUGUAGAGUACGUGGCUACAGUAAUAUGACGCUAAACAGUAAUGGCUUUUUUUGGCCACCUCCUGUAAGUUAAUUAAGUGGGACUCUUUAUUAUUAUUAUUUUUUAUCUCAA